AUGGGACGCUUGUUGGAGACGUUAAGGACGACGAGUACCGCCGGCCAGUCUAUGGAACUUUUUUCGCAAAAGAAGGAGGCAAAAAGGUCAUGGGCGGAGCAUUUCCUGUACCUAGUCGCGGUAAGUGAUCCACGAGGAGAAGCAGACUCACUGGUACUGGACAAUAUUGUCCAUCACGCUUUGCCUGAUCUCAUGAACGUGAUGCGAGCCAAGUACGACCCCGCAUGGACCGACUACUUAAGACAUGCCGAAGAAUCGACGCACUUUGCGACAUCAAUUGAGCUUGGGUUUAGACCGGUAAUGUGUGAGAUUGUUGCUACACAUGUCGAGGCGUCGUCCAAGCGCAAAGGGUCACGCAAAUGUUUUGGGUGUGGCAAGACGGGACACAUUCAAGCCAAUUGUCGGGGCAAGAGAGAAAUGACCGUUGGCAAAAACACAAAGGCUAGCAAUGCCGACAUGGUUGUUGCAUUUAGCGAAAACAAAUCUCGUAGGCGUGGAUCUUGCGGCGGGAGAAAUGACAAGGCGCCGACCGAGUACGUGAAUAGUGUCGAAGAUGCUGACGAAAGCAAAUCAAACGACUGGACCUUUUUUUUUCUUGGGAAGCGGUUCAAGUAUGCACUUGGUAAUUGA